AUGCCUCGCUUGCAGUCGCAGACCAUCGCAUCGCGAUUGUUGCAGAAGAGCUUCAGCGCUACUACCGCUGCUCAAUUGGCCCAAUUGGACGCUUCCAAGUUGACCGUGACUAAGACUCAGACCCCGAAGACUAUCACUCCUCCUAAGGAGCUGGUUUUCGGAAAGACCUUCACCGACCACAUGCUCUCUAUCGAAUGGACAGCCAAUGAAGGUUGGCACGCACCUAAGAUCACUCCCUAUCAAAACCUGAGUCUGGACCCCGCCACCUGCGUGUUCCACUAUGCCUUUGAGUGUUUCGAGGGAAUGAAGGCCUACAAGGAUAAGAACGGAGGCACUCGGUUGUUCCGUCCGAACAAGAACAUGGCGCGCUUGAACAAGUCAUCUGCGCGUAUUGCAUUGCCCACUUUUGACGGCGAGGCCCUGACAAAAUUGAUUUCGGAACUUGUAAAGCUAGAUGACCGAUUCAUUCCUGAUGCCCGCGGCUACUCCCUCUACUUACGACCCACCAUGAUCGGUACCCAGAAGACUCUUGGCGUUGGUCCCCCAGGCUCCGCUCUUCUGUAUGUCAUUGCUAGCCCUGUGGGACCCUACUACCCCACUGGCUUCAAGGCUAUCUCGCUGGAGGCCACCGACUACGCUGUUCGUGCCUGGCCCGGUGGUGUUGGUGACAAGAAGCUCGGUGCCAACUACGCCCCUUGCAUUGUGCCCCAACUCGAGGCUGCCUCCCGUGGAUUCCAGCAGAACCUGUGGCUCUUCGGCGAGGAGGAAUUUGUUACCGAGGUCGGUACCAUGAACCUUUUCAUUGCUUUGAAGAAUAAGGAAACAGGCGAGAAGGAGCUGAUCACUGCUCCUCUCGAUGGUACUAUUCUGGAAGGUGUCACAAGAGACUCUGUUCUUGCCCUCGCCCGGGAGAGAUUGGCCCCCCAGGGUUGGAAGAUCUCGGAGCGCAAGAUUCGUAUGGCUGAUGUGGCGAAGGCCUCUGAGGAAGGCCGUAUGAUCGAGGUCUUCGGUGCUGGCACUGCAGCCAUCGUCAGCCCUGUGCGGACCAUCAGCUACCGUGGUAAGCUGGUAGAUUGUGGCUUGAAGGAGACCGAGGAAGCUGGUGAGAUUGCUCUUCAGAUGAAGAAUUGGAUGGAAAACAUCCAGUAUGGAGAGGAGGAGCAUGCUUGGAGUUACGUGACUUAA